AUGUUCCAACUAAGAAGCAUAAGAAAAAGAUACGCAAGGUAACCCUAAUAAGAACUAUAUUCCUCUCUUGGAAAGGAUAUUCAAAGCAGCUAAAGCGUGAUAGAUUAUUGUUCUUUGGCAUUAAGAAUUUUAUCAUAAAGAGACUAAAUGGGAAAGCCUUUCGAUCUUUUAAGAUUUAUUAUGUUCAGUAAAAGUUAGUUCAACAUUAUAGAGAUAGAAAUUUCAGUAAUCUAAAAAGAGAUGUAAUAAAAUCUUGGUUUAAAGUCAUUAAAAGAGAAAGGUUUCAGAGAUAUCAUCUCGAAAAUAUGUGCUAAGCCAGUAAUGAGGUACUGGGCUAGAAAUAUGAAAGCCAAAGUGUUUAAAGCAAUCAAAGAUAAUAUUGAAUAUAGAAGCUAUGUUAGAGAAUUGGGAUUUAAAACAUUGAUAUUUGAAUAAGAAAGGCUGUCUAAGAUUGGGUUCAGGGCUUUUAGAAAUAAUUUGAUUUUAAACAAAAGAGAAAAGAUAAUGAACAUCAAAGCAUUAAGGUUUUUCAGUAGAAUGUAUAAGAAAGUGGGUUUUAGAGGAUUUAAAAUUGCUAAGACUAUUGUAUAAAAUGCUAGAUCCUUAAGUUUUUAAGCUACUAUGCUGAAUUCAAAAAUAAAUGAAAGGCUUUUGAGAGAUAUUAUCGCUAAGUGGUUACAUAUUAAAAUAGAGAGUGCAGAUAAAGCUUCAAUAUUAGGAUAAAUGCUUUAAAAUAUCCUUUUCUUGAAAAGAGGCUUGUAAAUGAUAGCAUAUGCUAGUGAUUUUUAUAAGUAAGCUGAAUAGUGUAUGCAGAAGAGGAGAUUAAUGAACAUUCUAAAGUAGAACGUAAAGCAGAGAAAUUAAAUGAGAUAUUUCAUGAUGAUUUCUGAUUCAUCUUACAAUUAAUACCUAAAAAUCUAAGUACUUAAAUCUUUCAAGACGAAUCUUCACUAAAAAAAGAAGUAAUAAGAAUUACUUGAUUAGAAAUUGUCAAAAAUACAGUUGAAGUAGGCAUUUAGAAAUAUAAUCUAAUUUGGAAAUAUGAAAUGCCUAAUGAUGAGAUUAUCUGAAAAGAAGUAAGGCAUUCAGAUUAAGUAUGCAUUCUAAAGAUUUUUUAUUAAUGCUAAGCUUUAUGGACUUAAUGAUAGGUUAAUUUAAAAAAUCAAAGUCAGGUAAAGAUUUUUACACUGGAAAGAUAUUUGUUUUUAUGAUAAACGUAUAGUAAAGCUUAUGGCUAGAGCUGUCAAGCACAGAAAUAGAGUGCUUAAGAAGUAAUACUUUAGCAGAUUGAGGCUUUUGAUUCACCCUAGACUUUUUGUAAAGAGAGUCUUUCAAUACAUUCAGAAUAAAAGAUAUCUCUAAAAAGGUGAGAUACUGAUAAGUAAGAUGAGAGAUGGAAUAAUUUCAAACAGAGCCAAGGUUAUGAAACAAUAGGUAGGCUACAGACAUUACUAUUUUAAGUUAGCAACAAAGGUUUUAAUCAUACUUAGAGAUAACUAGCAACAAAAAUUCAUGUAAUAAUUUAAGAAAGAAAAAGCUCAAAGGCUUUACGUAACUACUCUGGCAAAGAAGAGCAUGUACAGUCUCUACAGAGUAGCAUACUAAGGAAAAUAGAAGAGAGUUUUAAUAAAUAAGGCAAUCAAAGAUAGACUAAGCUCUGUGCUUAGAAAUACCUUUUUAAAGUUGCUUGAAGUAGGAAUCUAUUGGGCAACAAUUAAAAGUAGAUUCGGCAUUCAACAAAGAGGAGGAAGAAUUUAUCUUGGAUUAAAAUAUGGUAUGAGAUGGAGGGCUAAAGUUUUAAUCGCUAAAUACUAUCGAUCUCAAAAUCAAAACACCUAAAAGCAAAUAAAGGUCGAAAACAUGAAUAAAUAAACAACAGAUCAAGUGAGAUAGCAAUUAAUCAGACUAUUGAACAAUCAAGCCACUAUAAAACCGCCUUUGCCUUAAUAAAGACCAUAAAUUGGAGUGAAUCAAACUUAGAUUUAAUAAUAAUCCCUGAAUAAUACUUAGAUGCUAGCUGCAAAUAAAUCACUAUCUAGAAUAAAAGAGAUAGAAUCAGAAAUCGUGAAUUUCAAGAAUAAAAAGCUGCUGCUAAAGGAGCUUGAAGAUCAAUUCAAGUUAAUGGAUGGCAAUCCUUAAUUGUAAGGACUGCUUAGAUAAAAGUACAACAAUCUGAGGAAUGAACUUGUUGAGUUACAGCCUAGGUUAGAUGAUGAAUAUGACUUUGGUAAAUUAAUCGUUUCUAAGCAAUAAUAAUGA